UCCUCCUCUCCCUAAUAGAGAAGAAAAAUGUCGGUGACGAGCCUUGGAUGCGCUCGUCCGUACCUGCCCACCCCAACUUCAACUGCCAAACACUCCCGCCCCAGGACCAGAUCAGUACUCGUCCAGGACAUCGUUUCCGUACAAACACCACGAGAAUGGCACAAUCCUUCUCUUUCCAGCAGCAACAAGGCGGAGAUAUCGGGAUUCAACAACAAAAAAUUACCAUACCGAACAACCGGGGAGAGAAGCUUGUGGGCAUUUUGCUUGAAACUGGUUCUAGGGAGCUUGUGGUCAUUUGUCAUGGAUUCCAAUCCUCAAAGGAAGGCAAAACUAUAGCAAGUGUUGCUGCUGCUUUGACAAGAGAAGGAAUCAGUACUUUCCGCUUUGAUUUUUCUGGAAAUGGGGAGAGUGAAGGUUCAUUUCAGUAUGGUAACUACCGAGAAGAGGCAGAUGAUUUGCAUGCUGUGGUCCUAUAUUUUUCUGGGAUAAAACGUGAAAUAAGUGCCAUUAUUGGCCACAGUAAAGGAGGAAAUGUGGUGGUCUUAUAUGCUUCUAUGUACCAUGAUGUUCCUAUGGUUGUCAAUGUCUCGGGUCGCUUUAAUCUCGAGCGAGGCAUUGAAGAUCGCUUAGGGAAAGAUUUUAUGCAAAGAAUCAAGAAUGAUGGGUUUAUUGAUGUCAAGGACGAAGCGGGAAAUGUGGAGUUCCGUGUCACUGAGGAAAGUUUGAUGGAUCGCCUAAAUACUGAUAUGCGUGCAGCAUGCCUUUCAAUUGACAAAGACUGCAGGGUCUUGACUGUGCAUGGAUCAGAAGAUGAGAUCAUACCAGUGGAAGAUGCAUCGGAGUUCGCCAAGCUUAUUCCCAACCACAAGCUGCAUAUUCUAGAAGGAGCCAACCAUGGAUACAAUUCCCAUCGAGAUGAGUUAGCUUCUAUUGUGCUUGACUUCCUAAGGGAAAGCGUCAAGCAAGACGCGCAUUAAAACACUCGCCUGGCCAGGUAGAGGGAUUUUUCACUGGAUUUGUGCAAGGUGAUUACACAGCUCCUGUCAGCAGAUCAUCUUCAUCGUAGCACUCGCUGCUUCAGAUUCAAUAUCUGUUUCCGAACAGCAAUUCACCACUGCAGCAAUCACUGCUUUGGAUUCUAUAUUUGUUUGUCAAACAUAACAGUGUCUUUCAUUUUGCCAUUUUGAUUAUCGUCUUCAAGGCUUUUACUCAGUUUGGUUAGAAAUUUUCAUUUGGUUGAAGAGAGGGAAAACUCUACAUUUGC